UGUUAGAAGUUGUGUGGUUGACCAGUAUUCUCUACUUGUGUAGUCUUUUUUGUAGGACCACUUCGUAGUUAUUUCCUCUCUCUUCUUUUUCACAUGAGAUAAUAGAUAUGCUAAAAGGAGCUUUUGAAUACAUGGGGAGUUUGAAAUUUUCGUUUUUUGUUCUCAGAGAUUCAACUUUGAAUAAUUUGUUGCAAUUUCCAUGUGUUUGAACAUUCUGAUCUAGGGUUACCUUCAUCACUAAUUGAUUCCACGAUUUAGCAUUGGACGUUAAUCAAAAAGACAUCAUGGAUAAAUAUUUUCUCGGAUUUAAUUAAAAGCAAAGUGAAUUUCUCUCUUUGAUGGCCUCAAAAACUGGUGAUAGACUUUCUCAAGAAAUGCAACAAAAAGUUAAUGGUGGUCAGCAAGAAGUUGAGCCAAAUUACCGCAAAAAUGUAUCUUCAGUUGAUUCUAAAGUGUCUACAAAUUUGUCGUGUGGAAAAUCUGAUUCAAAUAUUUCUUCGGCCAUUAUUGAGCAAGUGUCAACGGCUGUAGAUUCAGAAGUAAAUGAGAUUAAGUCACAAGAAAGUUCUGUUGAUCAAGGAAAGAAAACAACUGAGUACGGGAGCGUGAACAAUAGUUCAGUGUCUACAAAUGCUAGUGAUGGUGGUGAUCAUUCCAAUUUUGUCGAGAGCGGAAAGAACAGUGCAUGUCGAGGAAGCACGGGCAGUGAUGUCAGUGAUGAGAGCACGUGUAGCAGUUUUAACAGCAGUGUCAGCAAACCCCACAAAGCAAAUGAUUCGAGAUGGGAAGCCAUCCAAGCAGUCCGAUCCAGAGAUGGUGUCUUAGGUUUGAACCAUUUCAGACUGCUGAAGAGAUUAGGCUGUGGAGAUAUUGGGAGCGUUUAUUUGGCCGAGUUGAGUGGAACGAAAUGCUACUUUGCCAUGAAAAUCAUGGACAAAGCAUCCCUCGCAGGUCGUAAGAAGCUUCUUCGUGCUCAGACGGAAAGGGAGAUAUUACAGUCCCUGGACCAUCCCUUCCUUCCAAGUCUCUACACCAACUUUGAAACCGACAAGUUUUCGUGUCUGGUUAUGGAAUUCUGCCCUGGAGGAGACCUACACAGUCUUAGACAGAGGCAGCCGGGAAAGUAUUUUUCCGAACAAGUAGUAAAAUUCUAUGUGGCAGAAGUCCUGCUAGCUCUGGAAUAUUUACACAUGCUCGGGAUUGUAUAUCGUGACCUUAAGCCAGAAAACGUCCUAGUGAGGGAUGAUGGACAUAUAAUGUUAUCAGAUUUCGAUCUCUCACUUCGUUGUGUAGUCAGCCCAACAUUGGUCAAGACCUCAUCAUUGGAAUCUGAGCCCCUGCGUAAAAAUUCUAUGUAUUGCGUCCAGCCAGCUUGCAUUGAACCUGCCUGCAUUCAGCCGUCGUGUGUGGUUCCAACAUCAUGCUUCUCUCCUCGUCUCUUUUCAAGAAAAUCCAAAAAGGAUGGGAAGCCCAAAAAUGAAAUUGGAAACCAAGUUAGCCCAUUACCUGAGCUGAUGGCUGAACCUACCAAUGCUCGGUCAAUGUCAUUCGUGGGAACCCAUGAAUACCUGGCACCUGAAAUUAUCAAAGGUGAAGGUCAUGGAAGUGCAGUGGAUUGGUGGACUUUUGGGAUUUUUUUAUACGAACUUUUGUUCGGCAAAACUCCAUUUAAAGGAUCUGGCAAUCGAGCUACAUUGUUUAAUGUUGUCGGACAACCUCUCAGAUUUCCAGAAUCACCCAUUGUUAGUUUUGCAGCCAGGGAUUUGAUUAGGGGUUUGCUUGUGAAAGAACCACAACACAGAUUAGCUUAUAAAAGAGGUGCAACUGAGAUUAAGCAGCAUCCUUUCUUCGAAGGAGUUAAUUGGGCAUUGAUACGUUGUGCUACCCCUCCCGAGAUUCCAAAACCUGUCGAGUUUGAACGGUUACCUGUUCCAGCAGCAAUAGAGGACGAGAAAACUGCUCUUCCCGUAGCCAUUCCAGAUCAAAAAAGUGACAAAUAUCUAGAGUUCAAUUUCUUCUAGGUAACAACGGUAUUAUUGAAAUUUAUUUUCAAUAAAGUUACACUUUAGAAUCUUUCUGGGUUGUGCUCCGUCUACAAUUAUUCUGUACUUUCUUCUUUAACCGCAUGAAGGUCAGAGAAGCAUGACCAGGCUUCUUGCUGCCUGUAAGAGUCGAUGGUUGCCUAUCUAUUAAUGCUUGGAAGGGUUCUCGGGGAGGUCCUUGGUUACAACGCUAUCUCUUUGUUCGAUUAAAUAGAACUUUUCAUGGGAGUUUCAGAAUAUGGGAUUCAAACGCAUGAAACAAGAUUGCGAUAUUGGCAGGUUGACUUGCAUUGCAUUGCAUUGCUUUGCUUUGCAUUUGGCCACUGGACGAACGUCAGUAUUAGGAGUGUUUUGUAUAUGUUUUGUUCAAUUACUUGAAGACAUUUAGGGACAAAGAUUAGAUGCACACCUCAAGUUGGUAUCCUCUGUAUCUGUAUUCUCUCGUAUAUGUUUGUGCUUGACACCAAAACCAGUCAUGUCAUCAUUCAUUGUACUUUUGGUUUAUACGAAAAGGUUUCGUAUAAAUCCAAGCAGAAUUUCCCCUUUUUUUUUCCUUAAAAAAAUAAAAAUAAAAAAUGAAAUUC